GCAGGGAGAUCGGCGCCGGGAGCCCGAGAGCGCGGCCGCCUCGCCUGGCUGGGACCCGGGCUCCGGCUUCCGGAAGGCGCGGCGGUCGGAUAAAUACGUCCCGGGCGCCUGGGAGCAGCGGGCACUGCACGCACGGCCGGCACCUCCGACACUGCGGACCGCAGGGCGGCCGGCAAGGUGCGGCACCCGCUCCUCCUCCCGCCGCGGCCGGCGCGGAGCGGCGGAGAGCGGCGGGCUCCCCCGCCGGCGCCCGGGCCUCGGAGCCCAUGAGCUGCGGCGGCUGAGGGCCGCGGCUGGCCUUUGCCCGCCGUCUUCCCGGCGCCGGAGCGGGGCGCAGCUCCCUGGGCGCGGGGUCUGGGCCAGUGACAUGGGGGCGGACUGAGGCGCCGGGGCAGCCGAGCGCUCUCUCUCAGCCGCGGGCCUUGCUCGGAGGCGGCGGCGGGCGCCUGGUGCGGCGCGCUCUGCUCGGGGCACCCGCGGAAGCCUCCGCCGCGCUCUAUGCGCCUCUGUGGACGUCGUGGGCCCGGGCCAUGGCGAUAGACCGGCGGCGCGAGGCGGCGGGCAGCGGGCCCGGGAGGCAGCCACCCCUAGGCGAGGAGAACGGCGCUCUGCCGCCUGGGGACGCGGCUUCCUCGGUGCCCCUCGGGGGACGCGCCGGCCACGGCAGCGCCGGGGAGAUCCAGCCGCUGCCCUCUCCGCAUCCCGCCGGCGGCGGUCAGCACUCGAGCUGCUGCUCCGCGGCGUCGGCCCCGAGCCUCUUGUUGCUGGACUACGACGGGUCGGUGCUGCCUUUCCUUGGGGGCCUGGGCGGGGGCUACCAAAAGACCCUCGUGCUCCUCACCUGGAUCCCCGCGCUAUUUAUCGGCUUCAGCCAGUUCUCGGAUUCCUUCCUUUUGGACCAGCCGAACUUCUGGUGCCGCGAGGCCGGCAAAGGCGCCGAGCUGGCGGGAGUCACCGCCACUGGCCGGUGGGGAGCCGAGGACUUGGUCAACUGGACUAGUCCCCCGACCACCCUCUUCUUCACUGCCGCCUGGGGGUCCGCGGGCCACCUCAGCAACUGGAGCGGAGCGGACAGGGGUGACACGCCACCACUACCGUCCCCUCCAGACAAGGGGGGCAACGCCUCUAACUGCGACUGCCACGCAUGGGACUAUGGUAUCCGCACAGGCCUCGUCCAAAACGUGGUCAGCAAGGAGCGGGAAGCAGGAUGGCAGCGUGCAUGUGGGGGAGGAGGCUACCGCCUUUAAGGGGCAGGAAUCCAGUACCUGCUUCCCUGCCCCAGACAGCUGCAGCCCCGCAGCUGCGGUGAACCACUCCCAGCGUGGAGCAGGAGGCCCCAGGAAUGGCAAUGGUGGCAGGAGUGUGUGUGAGCAGGGAGAAGCCACACCCGGAAACGGUGUUGCCAGUCAGCUGCUGUCCUGUCACCCGAGGGCAGUUAACUAGGUGUGCUGACGUUUCAUCCUGUGUCCUGUAAACAGGGGAGUGGCUUUGAGCAACCAGUACUCCUGCCUGUAGCCACCUCCUGCUAUGUGGGGUCCUUGAGGAGAACCUCCUGCUCAUUUCCUUCUUUAAGAAGAUCUGGGUCAGCCUUGUGAGGGCAGGCAGCUCAGGGGUUAAAGGACCUGGAGCAAAGCCCCAGACAAAAACAGAUGGAGCCUCUUCUAUCGCUCAGCCCACAGCUGAAUGUGGAGCGCAGCACCGCCCAGUUCCUAGAGGCCCAGGCAAGGGGAGUUCUCUUCUUAUGGAACCUGCCCUGCAGGAUCCUAUUUGUCCCCUGCACUGGGUUCAGGAAGGAACUAGAGGAGUAUUUCCCAGCAGGAAGGAGUGAGUGCAAGGAGAGUCAGCCCUCCCAACUUCUCAGUGCCUGUCCAAGAACCAUAAAGGAAGCAAUGAAAUGCAGUCAGACAUUUCCCAUGUUUUUAAGUAUACGAAAGAUGUGGCUUUUAAGCAGGAUUUUCCCAUUUCUCUGUUUACAAAUCACUCAGCAAGUGUCAGGAAGUGUGUUCGUGCUUGCUUAUGCUUGUUUGUGCUCAUGCACACUGGUCAUCCCAAGUUGAACUGCAUUUCUUUCAAAGCAGGGUAGGCAACUGGUGGUGGGCUUCUAUUGAGAUAGCAGUGAAGAUUGGAGGUCCCACAGUGUUCAGCAUAAAUGAUACAUUUAUCAUGAUGGCUGUUGAAAUUACUGAGUCGGAGAAUAAAUACAGGAGAAUAAAUACUGAAAGUUCUCCCAACACUUAGGUAUUUUGUGUUUAGAAGACUAGUUAUGCACCGCAGCAGAAACGCUUGGUUCCUUUAGGUUUUGUUAAAGUAGUCACAUGAUUUGAUAAAAAGACAUUUUAAAAACGAGUUUCAGUGUACGUUUCUUCACAGCCUCACAGUCAACUGCACCUCCAAUGCUGGGUGUUCUGAAGAAGCCAGGGGGCCUUCAGCAGGGCCAGGGCCCUUUAGCGGCAGGUGCUGCUCCCACUGAGGUCCAGGAGCAGAGGUGGGGAGCCUGUCACGCAGCACAGUGCAGAGGACCCUGAUCUGAAUCCCAGCAUUGCCGCGUUACCACUGCGAAGCCUCUUGGAACCUAAUUUGCAAAGUGGAGGUGACACUUACUGCAUCAUCCCAUGGGGAUUAAAUGAAAUGGUCGAUGUUCAGGCUCCUCAGCAGUGUGUGUGCUUUGAAACACACAUGUAAUAUGAGUCCUUGUCUGCAGUCGUACAGACGACUACUGUGCCUCAUACAGCGAACCGCAAUUUUCUGACCAUUAGUUUUAACCUUUAGAACAAGAAGCAUUGGCAGUUCACAGGGUGCGAUUAAGAUCAGCCCUGGCAGUGACUGUCUUCACGGUGUGUGGCCAGCCAGCUGAGCCAUGGACACUCGGCUGCUCUGUUUUCUCACUUUCAGAACCCGUCUUCCUUUAGCCCUGCAUCACACCCAGCUAUUCAACAUCUCCUUAUUUAGGUGUAGUUCCUAGGUACCCUAAAAUGCCCUCUUUCUCAAAAUUUCCUCAUUCUAGUCCUACUUUCUGAAACACCUGAACAACUAAUCUUACCUAAGAGAGAGAAGCAGUUCACACCAGGGUAUCAGUGACUGACAGGGAUAAUCCUCCUUUGGGUUUAUCCAUGUCCUUCAGCCUAUUGACCAACAGCCUGCAGCUAUAGGUCGUAUAUUUUUGUAUUUCUGACAGCAGCAGCAUCAAGCAAAAGCCAAAAUAAGGUUUCAUUUCAGUGAACAUUUAAUUCUAUUUAAAAGUUGUUUCUGAUAAAUUCUCCACCCUGCAGCAUGGUAUGCAGGUUCCCUGCAGGAGCUGCCCCCUGCAUGUCUCCACCCUGUGCUCUCAGUGUCUGGCCCCAGUGCACGCCCCCUCCCUCCUCCACAGCUCUAGUCUCUUCCAGUGCAAGGAACUGUCUUCUCACCACCCAGUCCCAUGCCUGUCCAAGGCUUGGAAAUUAGAAGAGAAAGUGACUACUAAAGUGCACCGAAACAACCUUGGGCUCCUCUGUUCCCACGGCCCAGCGUAUGCAUCCACUGUCGCAGCCUGUUACUUCUCACUCUUGUCAGUUCUGAUGCACGGCCUGUUCUCUGCACUCACACCCUGACCUCAGCAGUGAAGGCAGCACUUUCUGCACUGCUGCUUCCCUGGGCUCUGGCACUCAGUAGGUGACCAAACAGUCAUUAAACACCGAAGCUGCACCAUUCUCUACAAAUGUGCAUGAGGUCCCAGCAGCCUGGAUCAGGAUGCUGGCUGUUGGCCAGUGACAUAGAGGGGAAAAAACCAUUUUGCAGGAGGACAGAACUUGGGGUCAUCUGCCUUGACCAUUGUGUGAAGUUGAAGGCACAGGAUGAGGGAGCAGGUGACCAUGUGAGGUAAGAAGUUAUGGUUACUAUUCCUCUUUUGUGAGCAAUGUCUCCUGUACUUCUCCACUCAGAGGCAACUCUGAAGAGAAUGGGUGUCUCAUGGCAAGAAACGGCCUCUCCAACUGAGAGAAAAUGUUGUACAGGGAGGUCUGGACUCUGGAAAGAAUUUCCUUGAGAUUAUGUUCCCUUGGACUGAGAAUAUACAGGAAGGAAGUGGUUGCUCCAGUACCUUCUACUGAGACACAGGUGGCAAACACAAGGCCCAUGGGCCGAAUCCGGCCCUCCACCUUGUUUUAUCCAGCCCAGCACCUUGUUUCUACCCGGCGGCAGUGCCAAGUUCUUCCUUAACUGUUAAGGACUAGUUACAUUUACACAAUUCUAAAAUUACAUUCAGCCCUUUGAAAGCAACCAUGAGGCUGAUGUGGCCCCUGGUGAAAAUGAGUUUGACACCCCUGCCUUACAGAGGGAGAAAGAGUGAGGGAUACCUAAUGGGAGAAGUGGUCGACCUGCGAAAAGCUUUGUUAAGUCUGCUCUGUUGAAUCAGUGGUUAGUAGGGAGCAUUAUUUUGGAUUGUCUGUGAACUAUACCUUUUCAGAGCAUGCCAUAGGGCUGGGAUAGAAUCCAGGUGCCCUGGCUUAGCUAAGCAAGGCCAUGCCCAGGGAAUCACAAAUACUGAUUGCAUUUAAUAUUGUACUAUAGCAGAAGGACCAGGGUUUUCAAAAAAAAUCAUCAGAAGCAAAACAGUUGCUUAUCAUGUUCCUCGUAAGGGGCUUCCCCAUUGGUUUCUACGUGCUAUGAUUCCAAAUCCAGCAGCAGCAGGAGGACGUCUUCCCUGCAGCUGGUUGUCUGAGGCCCCGCCACCAGUACAAAGUCCUGGAUCAUUCUCCAACCUGGAGGAUGGAGGGCAGCGCAGUGGAGCUGGAGGGCCACUUUGCAGACUAUCCGAGGGCCCUGACUUGGUGACGUGGCAGCUACUUUGGCUCAGAGGGUCUCUGCCCUCCCCUCUCUCUUCUUGCUGGGGUUUGAAUUGUGUAGUAUAUUCUCCAUUUCCACUUCCAUCUUCAUUUCCCACACAUCUGGCCAGGCCCUCAGUGGGUUCCUGGGGUCUGUCCUCAGGAGAGUUGGUUCACAGCAGUGAGCAGUACUCUUCAGGGAGAUGGUUCUGGCUUUGCCUUAAGGAUGAUUUUGAGAUUUAUUUGAGGAAAUACCUUGAUGAACUAACUGUAUGUCAGUUAACAUAUUCCCCAGGAUGUCAGAGGCACCCAGAGUAGAAGGUGAAGACCCUGUUCUCUCUCAGCUCCCUGGGGCUCAGCCACCCUUCUUGCCCACCUGCCCCCGGGGACUGCACCAACACACCGUGCUCUCUGCAGAAACAGACUGCACAGUCACAUUUUGCCGUCGCAUUGCCAGUUAAGUGCGGUGUUUUUAAGAGAUUAAUAGUUAGUUCAAGGAAAAAAUUUAAAAACACCCUUUUAGAUAUAGGAGUGUUGUUAGCUCCUGAGAACCAACCUACUUUUUUUUCAUUUUGGUGAGAGAAAUAGUAUAUUUAAUGAACGAUUGUGGGAAGUCUGGGAAAUGGCACUGUGCUGCUGUUCUCAGUGUGCUGCUGGGAGGUCAAAGUGAAGGGCAUCCUGAGCUCCGGUGAAGGAUGGGAAAGGCCUGGAGAACCCGGUAUGGAACUGAGCCUGUUCUCCCCUCAGCCGCAUUCCCUAGCUGUGAAUACAGCAGGACCCUGGGGGCACCCUCUGUACCUACCUCCCCCACUUGUUCUUCUGGUGCUGGCUAUGCAGACAGGAUGUAAACUGGUAGCAUACCUCUUAGUUCAGAUCAGUUAGGAGUAAGGCUAAAUGAACAAUGCAGACUUCCAAUGUCAAAGUCCUUUUUGAAAGCAGUUUUUUUCUUCUCAUAUUCAAAUGUUACUUACCAUCAUACAUAAGCCCCCAAGGAGCUGCUUAAAUGACUGGCAAAAUUAAUGAGUCAUAAUCACCUUGUGUCAGUUACUACACUAGACACUUUACAUUAUUUUGGACUCAUGACAAACCUGUAUUACAGGGUUUGUGACUCCUGUAUCAUAGCUGUUGCAGCUGAAGACCCAAGAGGUGAAAUAACUUGCCCAGGGUCACAGGACCAUCGAGGGAAAGCUACCAAGAAUCUCGGUCCAUCUGAGUCAGAAUCCGCGCUCUCACCAUGAUGCCCAGUUGCUCUUGACAGCAGCAUUUGGGCCCUGGGCUCAGCCCCCAUGUCGGUCCCUAAGUUCCUCGCCCCCUCCAGGCUCUUGUUUGUCUGUGAUGCUCUUCCUCAGAGAUGAUGGUGAGCUGUAGCCCAGGUCAAGUGCAAUGAAGACAAAGACCAAAUGGGUAAAAGUUCAAAAAAGCGUGCCCCACUUCUGUUAGACCAUUUGUUGAGUUCAGUAACUUUGGGACACAGUGUGGGCCGGGUACAGCCUGAGGGUUUUGUGGACCUUUAUUUUAGUAGAUUGGUGUCAGCUGUUUCCAGUUGUACUAGUUUCCAGUUUGAGUUGGACAAGACAGACAACAUCCUUGCUUGAAGAGGCCUUUUUACUUCAUAUCAUUCAUGUCCUUUCAAGAUGAUUAAACCAGUUGAAACAGGAGAAAAACUGGUUUGGCUUCUCAACUACUCUGAUUCAUAAAUUAUAAAAGAGAUGACUAUUUGACAGGAGGCCCAAGAGUUGGUCUCAAUUAAAAUGUUGAGUUAAUUUUUUAAAAAUCCUUUAUGCUGUAAGCGUUUUGGACUAGAGUGAAGGCAGACAGAAUGACCAGGAGGGUAGGAAUUGCAGUUUCUUUUUAUUGUCUUGCUCGGCAGUAACUGACGGGUGAGGUGUGCGGGAGAACCACUUGUCCCUGUGCAUGGGGGGAGGGGGGAGUGGUCAGGAAAUGAGAUUUUCCAUGGGAGCCUGGGGUGCACGACUGUGCCCAAGGAGACCUGGGCUCUGCCCACGUGUGGGUCAGCUUCAGGCUUUGUUAUUUUGAGUGUCACAUCACCUCUCUGGGCUUCAGGUUUCUUGUUGUUAAAAGUGGGAGGUUGACCUUGGCUUUUUCCAGCAUUUCAGCAUUAAAAUUCUAUGACAAAUAAGGUACUGUGAUAUUUUUAAUAGGUGCCACGUAUUAAAUGCCUGCUGUUCACAGGCACUUUAUAAGUUAUUUUCGUUUGGUCACUGUAACAAUGAAUAACAGCAGAGCCUGUUGCACUUCUAUAACGCUGGGCCUCCAUGUACAUGAAGUUUAUCAAAUACCUGGCAACACAAAUGCUAUAACCUGUAACAAUUUAAUAUAAACAAGUGAAUUGUUUUUAUUUGCAUAAACUUGGGCUGUUUCUUUGAGUUUAUUGGGGGAAAGAACCUGUUUUAAUCAGAAAUGGAUUUACUUAAAAGCCAUUUCGCCUUAGACUACUUGCUUCACCUGUCUUGGUCUCAGUUUCCUCACCUGUGAAAUGGACACACUGGUAAUCACAUCUGUGUCGUAGGCCUGCAGUGGUGGCUGAGUGAAAGAGCUUAGUCAGAGCAAUCAGCAGAGUGCCUGGACCAUGGUGGGUACUUAACAAAUCUUUGUUUCCUUUCUUCUUAGAACAGUGCCCAACUUAUAUAACAGAUUUGUUCUAUAAAGAGAGAAUUACUCAUUGUUUUAAAUAAAUUUCUCUGUAACCAAUAUUCUGUUGGCUUUUAUAAUAAAGCUAGAAUUAUCUUUCUCCGGGGGAAAAUAACUGAUAGUGAAAAGUUUGGGGGAAACAUUUAAAAACUAAAUUGCCUAUAUAAAUUUUGUAUAAUAAUUAUGUAUUAAUUAUUUAAAUUAAAUUCUAAUCACAGAGGAAAAAGGAUUAAGAUGCUUCGCACAGUGAACACAUGCAGAUGCAAAAAGCCUUUGACUUCUGGGAGUGGCAGUUUCUACAUGACACUGUCCCUUUGUCCCUUCCUUAUGCCACACAUUGGCUUAGGGACCAGGGGAAUAGAAAUAAGGCCUGGUUCCUUUCUUUGAGGAAUGCUCUCUGGUGCUGGGGUUGGCAGACUUCCUAUGAAGGGCCAAAUAGUAAAUGUUUUUGGCUUUGCAGGCCAUAUGAUCUCUGUUGUAACUACUCAACUCUGCGUAAUUCCAAUAAAACUUUACUUUCAAAACAAGUGUCAGGGCUGUAUUCGGUUAGCAGGCUGCAGUUUGCUAACCCCUGAGCUAGUGAAAGUCAGACUUAUAAACAGCCAGCAAUUAUAAAAAUUGUGAUAAAUAGUCUGGGAGUUUCUCAAGAGUACAGGAUGGCAUAGAAGUAUAGAGAAGGGUCACCAGGUCCAGCCUCAGAAAAAGAGAUCCCCUCAAUUGAGUUUAUUAAACUUGAUAGAAAUUUGGGAAUAUAUUCAUUUGAAUCUUUGUAAUUUUGUACCCUUUUCCUUAAUUGCAUGCUUUCAAAGGUAAUUAAUACCUUUGAUGCUUAUUAAAAGAAAAAAAUGCACGAAAGCCUGCCGUACUCUCUGACCCUAACCUAGGUGAUAUGCAAUGUUAAAUAAUUUUGGUGAAAUGAACUUUAUCUCUUGAAUAGCCAUUGACCCAGAAAAAUUGGGGGUGUGUGGAAAUUGUGAGGCAGACACUGAAGAGUGAGGCAGCAAAGGGCAGUGAGGCUCUUUAGGAACUGGAGAGUACUUU